AUGGAGGUCCUGCGGCACCUCGGCGGCGUCAGCGCAGCGGUGUCGGCCGCAUCGCCGCCGCUGGACCACUGGCGGAGCUUCGUCUACUGCCAGUCCAUGACGGGGCACGUUCUAGGAGAGGUUGACCACUUCCCAGGCCAGGCGCAGCCUUACCUGGAGGGCGUCUCGCCGGAGCCCGUAACUCACCUGUCUCAGAACCGACUGCUGCCGCUGCUGCUGGAGCGCGCCAAUCAAGCGGGCUACUCAAAGGCCGUCCCAAGCGGCGUCCUCUGGAAUAGGAAGGCGGUGGCGAUCCAGCCAAUCGAGGCCAGCCCGGCCGCGCCGGCGACGCUUGGCAGCAGCAGCAGCAGCAUCGGCGGCGGCAGCGGUGGCGGCAGGGGGCCGGGGCUGGUGUUGACUGUCAAGAAUACGGAGGGGCACGUCGGCGUGGAGAGCAUCAGAGCGGAGUUCGUGGUGGCGGCUGACGGCGCCAACAGCGGCAUCAGGCGGAUGCACGAGAUACCAAUGGAGGGCGCCGCCGCCAUGCAGCAGCUGAUUAAUGUUCAUUUUAGGAGCCCUCGCCUGGCCCAGCAGCUGCUCGCGGGCCCCGGCCGGCGGCCGGGGAUGCUCUACUUUGUAUUCAACAGAGAGGUGGUCAGUGUCAUCGUGGCGCACGACUUCAGGACGGGAGAGUUUGUCGCCCAAAUCCCCUUCUUCCCGCCCCUGCAGAAACCCAAGGACUUCACAAAGGAAGUCUGUGCCGCCCAGCUCUCCGCCGCCGCCGGCCCCGGCUUUGAUGCCGCCGCCGCCGCCGAAGCUGGAGCCCCCAACGCCAGCGCCGGCGGCGGGCCCACCGAGCCGUCGUGGCUAACCUCGGACCCCCAAUUCGAGAUCCUGGAGGUCCGCCCUUGGACGAUGAGCGCGCAGGUGGCGAGGAGCUUCGCGGCGUCCGGCGGGCGCGUGCUGCUGGCGGGGGACGCGGCCCACAGGUUCCCGCCAGCUGGCGGCUUCGGCAUGAACACCGGGAUCCAGGACGCCCACAACCUUGCUUGGAAGCUGGCGGCCGUGAUCAAGGGGCUGGCCGCCCCCAGCCUGCUCGAGUCAUACCAGGCGGAGCGCCGCCCCGUGGCGCUCGCCAACACGGCGCUGAGCGUCGCCAACUGGCGCGAAGCUACGCGGGUGCCGGAGGCGCUGGGGCUGCACCCCGCCGCGGCGGCGGCGCUCAGCAGCGCGUCUGUGGCGGCCCCGCUGCCGGCCUUCCUACAGAAGCAGCUCCUUGAGACUGGCCUCGCCGCGGGCCGCAGCCUCGCCGCCGCCGCCCUGCCGCUGCGGCGCCGCGCGAUCCGCCAGAUCCUGGAAUCCGGGGAGUCGCUGCGGCUGCAGUUCCCCCGGGAAGAUCUGGGCUUCAGGUACACCCCGGGCUCGGGGGCCGCGGUGCUGGAGGAAGACGCGGAAGCUGAAGUGUCGGCGUCCCCGCCCUCAGCGGCGGCGGCCGCGGGCGCGGGCGGCGGGAGGGGCGCGGCGUUCGUGCCUAGCAGCGCGCCGGGGUACAGGCUGCCUCACGUCUGGCUGGAGCUGGCGCGGACCGGGGAAAGGGUGUCCACUCUGGAUCUAAUUGAGCUCGGCGGACUCCACAUGACACUGUUUUCGUCCCAUGAGCCCGCCAACGGCACAAGCAGCAGCAGCAGCAGUGGUGACGGCGCCGACGACGCCGACGGCGGGGAUGGGCGCAACCCGUGGGCGGAAGCUGCCGAGCAGCUGCGAGCGGAGGGGUGGCCGCUGGCGGUCGUCAAGAUCGUGACCUCUGAUGCGCGCGGCGGCACGGGCGGUGGCGGCAGCAGCGACGGCAGCAGCGGCGGCAGCGGCAGGGGUGGAGGGGUCGUCAGAGCGGUGGAUUCUGGAGGCGCCUGGCGGCGGCUGCAGAACAACGCGUGCUCCCCCGUGGUGCUGGUGCGGCCGGACGGACACGUGGCCUGGCGGGCGCUGCGGCUGCCACAGGGCGGCGGCGGCGGCGGCAGGGAAGACGGCGGGCGGGCGGCUGUGCGGCAGGCGUGCCGCGAGAGGCUGGAGGGGGCCCUGCAGUCGCUGGGUUGGCUGCAGGGAGGAUCGGGCGGGACCGGCGGCGGUGGGUGA